UUUAUCUUUUUAAAAUUAAGUGGUUUUAUGUUUUAAUUUCAAUGAAAAUCAAUUAUAUUCAAUGUACUGCUAUUUUUUGUAAUUUUUUUUAAUCUAAAAUCUGAAAAGUGAAAGAAUAAUGAUAAUAUUUAAAAAAAUCAUAUCGCAAGAGAGAAUUCUAAGAGCUGAAAUAUGGUAGCCGUUGCUGCCACAGAAUGCGUAAUCGGAAAAUAUUGUCCAGAUUUUUGAUCUUUGUUUCCACAAGUCGCACACAUUUACAGACCAAGAAAUUGCAUUUCAAAUCAAGAAUUCAAGAAACAAAGAAUAAUGAGCACCGUUUCUGGUCAACCCUAUGAUCGUCUCAAAGAAAUCAAACAAUUUGAGGAUUCGAAGCUGGGAGUGAGAGGCCUGCUUGACUCCGGUAUCACCUCCAUCCCUCGUUUCUUCAUCCACCCAUCUGAAACACUCUCCGAUCUCAAACCCACCACCCGGCUCCAAACAUACACCACCAUCCCCACAAUCGACAUUUCUGAUCAACGAUCAAAGGUGGUCGAGCAAGUGGCACUUGCAUGCAGGGAGUUGGGUUUUUUUCAGAUUGUGAAUCACGGGAUCGCCCUGGAGGUUGUAGACCGUAUAAUCGGAGCAGUGAAGGGGUUCCAUGAGCAACCGGCAGAGGAGAAGGCGCGGUGUUAUUGUAGGGAAAUGGGCAGCGUUGUAUCUUUCUCGUCUAACUACGACUUGUUUCGUUCUAAAGCUGCUUGCUGGAGAGAUUCACUGCUAAUUAGGACCCGUCUCCCCUUGCCGGAGCUCGAGAAAAUUCCUGAUAUAUGUAGAAAAGAGGUGAUGGAAUGGGACGGAAAGAUCAAACCACUAGGGAUGUUCUUGAUGGAGUUAUUAUGUGAAGGACUUGGAUUGAAAUCAGAAAAGCUCGAGGAAAUUACUUGCUUGGAAGGGAGGGCCUUGGUGGAAAAUUACUAUCCCUGCUGGCCCCAACCCAAUUGCACAUUUGGGAAUGAGUGCCACAUAGAUCCUGGUGUUUUGACGGUGUUGCUACGGGAUCAUAUUGGUGGUUUACAAGUUAAAUGUGGUGGUGAUCGUCAAUGGGUAGAUGUUCAACCUCUUCCUGGUGCUCUUGUUAUCAAUGUUUUCAGAGAAAUUCUUUGCUGUUUUUUGAAUUAAUUUCCGGUUGCUUCUCAGAUGAUGUCCAAUGGAGAGUACCAAAGCGUAGAGCACAGGGUGUUGGCUAAUUCAUUGCAGGAAUCAUGAAUUUCUGUUGCUGCUUUCUUCAACCCAAGUGGCAUGGACAACUGGCAUGGACCCUUCCCAGGGCUUUUAUCGCCAGAGGAACCAGCUCUUUACAAGCAGUUCACUCUCGCAGACUUCAUGAAAAGGUUGCUUUUAAAAGAUGCAGAUGGCAAAUCGUUAACAAAUUAUUACAAGCUUCAAAAUUAAGUAGCAAACUUAAUGAACCCUUCAAUGUUGAAAUCAAACUAUGUUAUUCAUGUAUUUUGUCAUUAUUAAUAUUAAUAUUUUUAUUUUUUA